GCUCACAGAAGCCGCUGUCUUCCCAACGGGUAUCAGGUGCAGUGUACGCUGCAGACACCUGCUCAGCUGCAUGCCCCUUUAAUCAUGGAAAGAAAGCUCCUAAAGAAGGAAAUGAAAAAGCUCUUGGGAGAUUAUAUUGGCAUCAGACUUCGGGAAAAUGAAUUUGACCCCAAAGGAAGAAGGCAACUCACCUUUCUAGAUGAUAUGGCCCACUAUGACUUGGCCAUCAGUGUUGCUUUGAAAUGGCUGGAUCAUUCGGAAGACUUAACUUGGCUGGAGUGGGAGAAAGGGAAAAGACCAUUUCGUGGCAGACCCAUAUAUCCAAACCAUAGAGAAAGAGAGGCAAUGAUUUUAUCAUCUUAUGCUGGAAUCCUAAUGAACAGCAUCCCAGUUGAGGAAGUCUUCAAAAUUUAUGGGGCGGAUUCUUCUUUCAAUUCUGCUUCUAUCAAGGUUCCCCGAGCUCCACCUUUCCGCCUCUCCUUGCACCCUUUUGCCAUGUUAACAGCGCCCCAAGCAGCAGAAUAUGCCCGCAAACAGAGUUUCAAGUUAAGAAGGGGAGCCAUGAAUAAAAAUGCCACCAGCAGCUCUACAAGGGAAGCAAAUGCCACGGAGCAGAAAUGAUCAAUACAUUUAUUUCUGGACACACAGCCAAAGAACGAAGUCAGUUAGGAGCUGAACAUGGUACUUCAUAAUAAAGUCUCUGGGAGAGGAAAAGAAACAUCAUCUUAAAACUGCAACACCUGCCAGCAUAUUUUUCUUCCCAGUUAGCUGUGACACAAACUGCACUGAAGUGUUAUUUUUGGAUGUUGAGAUUUCUUCUCUUAGCAUCAUAUUUCAGGGCUACAUCUGGGCUGUAAAAAUGCACGUAUCUUAUGCUACUCCAUUGUGAGUGGAAGGCUGUUGGUUGGAGAAUUCCAAAAGUAUAUAGUAUUUCUAUGUCGGAGCAGGCUGGCUUUGAAGCAUAUUUUACAAAUGUGUGGCACUGAAUACUGCAGAGUGGUGGAGCAGGAGGCAGUUUCCCAAAGUUUCAACCCAAAAUAAGAUCAAUCUAUCACUGAUUGCCUUCACAAUGUUGCCAUAUGGAAACAU